AAGCAAGUUUAUCCCCUAGGUGAAAUCUCUCUCUCUCUCUCUUCUGAAGGAGAUGCUGUUGUCCACUGAUUGAUAUGGAGGCACUGCUAUCGGUUGGAGGAUCCAUCGCUUCCGCCGUGCUGGACAACUUGGUCAGCCAGGUAACCUCCGAUGCCAUCCAGCAGUUCGAGCGGCACUCGGGGCUUCAGGAUGACCUCAGGAAGCUACGGACUAUCAUGCUACGGACACGCUUCAUCCUUAAGAGCGCCGAGAAGAGGCGCACCAAAGACGACGACCUUGCCCAAAUCCUCCAAGAACUCAAAGACACCGCCUAUGAUGCCGAAGACUUGCUGGACGAAUUCGAAUACCAAGUUCUGCGGCAAAAUGCUAAAAGCCAAGAGAAUCAGAGAGGUAGCUUCUUAUCUUCUUCUUUUACACUUGCUAGAAAUGUGUUCAAUCGUGACGGUGAUGCUGUGGCUAAAGUGCGGGAGGUUAUGGGGAGGUUAGAUAGCAUUGCUAAUGAUAUGGAAAAAGUCUUCAGACUCCUGGAUUUAGAUGAUGAAGGGAAAAAAUAUCAGAGAUCGGCGAGACGAGAGACGAGCUCAUUCUUAACUGAACCUGAAGUAUUUGGGCGAGAGAAAGAAAAAGAACAGGUGAUAAAACUGUUGUUAAAUUCGGAAGAUGCAACUGAACCCGGUGAUGAUCUUAUCCGUGUUUGUUCAAAGAGACAAAAGAAAGAUAGUAUUUCUGUUUUGCCAGUGGCCGGUAUCGGAGGGAUCGGAAAAACUACUCUUACUCAGCUCAUUUACAAUGAUCCGAAGGUGAAUGGUUAUUUUGAUUUAAAGAUUUGGGUUUGCGUGUCUGAUAAUUUUGAUGUGAAAAGGCUAACUAAAGAGAUAAUAGGGGAGAGACUCUGUGAUCACCUAAAUUUGAAUCGUCUCCAAGAGAUCCUUAAGGAGAAGAUAAUGUCAAAGAGAUUCCUGCUCGUCCUUGAUGACAUCUGGAAUGAUGACUGCAAUGAAUGGCAUCGUCUCUGUGCGCCAUUAAGGUCCGGGCUACAGGGAAGUAAGAUCUUGAUAACAACUAGAUCUCAAAAGGUAGCAAAGAUGAUGGGCACAAUGGAGGCAGUCUUCUUAAAGGGUUUAGCAAAUGAUGCCUAUUGGGAAUUUUUCAGAAGGCAAGCAUUUGGUUCUCAGAACCCCAAAGAACAUCCUGAGUUGGAAGCGAUUGGUAGGAAGAUUGCUGAAGGGCUGAGGGGAUCUCCACUAGCAGCAAAGACGCUAGGAGGCCUAUUGAACUUAGACUUGGAUGAGAGGCGCUGGAGAACCAUCAUGGACAGUAAAAUAUGGCAACUAAAACAAGGUGAAGAUGACAUUAUGCCGGUCCUACAGUUUAGCUAUCAAUACCUGCCUGGAUAUCUGAAGCAGUGUGUUGCAUAUUGUUCUGUAUUUUCUAAAGAUUAUGCUUACACAAAAGACCAGCUAGUCCAAGUCUGGAUGGCACAAGGCUUCAUUGUACCUCAAGGAAAUGUGCGGAUUGAAGAGGUAGGGAGUGAGUACUUCCAUGAUUUACUUGGCAGAUCUUUCUUUCAGCAUUCAAGGAAGGAUGUAUAUGUGAUGCAUGAUUUGAUACACGAUCUAGUACAAUCUGUCUCAGUCGAUGUACAUGUAAGAAUAGAAGAUGGAAAGUGGCCGGAAAUCCCCAGUAGGCUUCGACACCUAUCAAUAUCUACUAAGAAUCUAGAGCCGAGUAAGCUAAUGGACUUUGGCAAGUAUAAGAAUCUACGCACCCUUGUCUUCGACAAUGUGUAUGAUACAAACUUUUGUUUUGUGCUUGAUUGCUUGUUCACAGUGUCAACAAAGAUCCGUGUGUUGAAAUUAUGGAGUUAUAGGAUAAAAGAGUUGCCUGAAAAUAUUGGCAACCUAAAACAUCUUCGAUACCUUGAUAUCUCUUCCACCAAUAUUCGAAGGUUGCCUGAAUCACUGUGUAACCUUUACAAUCUUCAGGUGUUAAAUAUAUCUGGCUGCCCAAUUGAGAAUUUUCCUACAUGCGUGACCAACUUAGUUAAAUUGAGGGAGCUUAAAGCAGAUGAGGACACAAUUUGCAAGUUGGCUGAUAUCGGCAAGUUAACGUCUCUCCAAGAGUUGCGGGUAUUCAAAGUUGUAAAGCAGAGAGGGCACAAGAUUGAAGAGUUAAAGGACAUGAUACAGCUUCAUGGAAGAAUUUGCAUUAAAAAUCUUGAGAGCAUCGAAAGCAAGGAAGAGGCCAGUCAGGCUAAGCUGAAUAAUAAACAGUGCCUUGACGAAUUGGCCUUGGUAUGGAACAUUGAUAGAGGCAUCAGCUCAGGGAACGAUGAUGAGGUACUUGAAGGCCUCAAACCACAUUCCAAUCUCCGAAGGCUGGAAAUCAGAAACUAUGGUGGUGUCCGAUUUCCAAGUUGGCUGGAGCCACAAUCGCUCAAAAAUUUGAAAGCUAUUUGCCUAGAAAAUAUGCAAAGCUGCGCGCAACUUCCAUCUCUUGUUCAACUCCCACUCCUCGAGAUUCUGCGCAUCACAAACUGCCCCACGCUAAGGGGUUUAGCCUGCCUCCCUCCCUCGCUCAGAGAAUUGUCCCUAGAGAAUGUGGGAAUAGAUAUGCUCCCAGAAUCAUGGGACGGAGACCAUGGUUUUACUGAUGAGAGCAGUAUGACACAGCACAGCAGAAGCAGCAGCAGGACCUCUUCAAUUUCUCACAUGCGCAUCUGCCGGUGUCCGAACCUGGUAAAUCUGGAACAAUGGCUGUUGUCACACCACCUGCCGGCUAUCAGGUUCUUGAGGAUUAUUGACUGCCAAAAGGUUGUGCGGUUGCCAAUGGAGAGGUUUAAAGACUUUCUCUCCCUCGAGUAUUUGACAAUCAUGGACUGUCCCUUGCUCCCAUCCCCAGUGCAGCUGAUCCUUCCCUCUUCUCUCCAAGAGCUUACAUUGGAUUCAUGUGGUCAUCUGGAUGAGUCACUACCCGGCUGCCUGCACAGCCUCACCUCUCUCACCUGGUUGAAGUUAAACCGCUGCCCACACGUAACAUCUCUUCCAGGAGAAGUGCUCGGUCACAUGAUUGCUCUCAGAGUUUUGAUUAUUCGGGACUGCGGAGAACUGAGGUCCCUAGGGAACUUACGAGCUCUCAGAUCUCUUGAAACUUUGCAUAUUGGAAGAUGUCCUCGGCUCACGGUAUUAGCAAAUGAGGAAGAGCAGGGCGAGGGUUCGGCACGUCUUCUCUUCCUGCACACCGACGACACUGCCCUGGUCAAAGUGCUGUUCUCCACAAUCACCCCGCCCUCACUUGAAGCACUCGAAAUCAUUGACUCAACUGAACUCAUUUUGUUCGCUGGAGAGGAGCAAUUAUGGUUGCAAGGACUCAAAUCUCUCAGAUGGCUACGCCUUGUAAAUUGCAACAAUCUUCAGUCCCUGCCAACUGAGUUGCAAAGCCUUUCCACCCUCCGACUUUUGGAGAUAACAAAUUGCCCUGAGAUCCGCUCGCUACCAGAAAAGGGCCUGCCUUCAUCCCUAGAAAAGUUACAUUUCGAUAAUUGUCAUCCGGUGUUGACAGCGCAAUUGCAAAGUCAUAGGGAAAUGAUGAAAAAGUCGCAUAACGUGAUUUCGUAGCCUACCGAGACAGGGUCUCCGUCCAUUGCUGACACAGAAGUUCUACGGUAUUCAACUCUCUCUCGCAUGGUGCUGCCGAACCAACUCUCCACGUUGCGCCGAUUCUCUUGUAACAUGUGCCUGGAAUAUAUUUUUGUGCAAACAGAUGGCCGUUGCUCUUUUGUACUUAGCCUGCGGUAGCAAAUGGGUUGCUUCUUAAAACGAGAAAAAUGGAUUGUUUGUAUUUAUGAUGAACUUCAGUGCUUGUAAAUUAAUGCAGACUGAUGAUUUAUAGCAGAAGGGAGCAAGAAUGUACCAUCUCUGCAAGUACGCAUUGUUAUGCAUGAAAAGCAGUGUCUUUUCUGA